AUGUCAUUCAUAGUCAACCGGCUGCGAAGUGGCAGCACUGCGGGGGAGAACGGCUUCGCACCAGCUAUCAACGUCGAAAACGGCGCUGGCGGCUUCUCAAAUGGUCCACGAUCUAGUUCUCGCUCUCCGCCCACAGCGGGCCUAGGCGGUCGCUUCAGAUCUAAGUCUCCAAACAGUCGCGCUCGUUCUACUGUUCGCACAUCUUCGUUCCCCUCAACCCCACCAGCAUUCCCCACCCCAUUUCACCCGUUUAAGCUACACCCCCACUCCAACAAGAACCAGGUCAACGCACUGAAAUUCAUCGACCGUAUCGAUUCUUUACUCUUCCUGGGUCAUACGGGACAAACAGUGCUGGCGGCGAUUCCAGCAUGUAUGGCCAAUACCGAAGCCCAGGGAUGGUACAAUCGAGUGAUGAACUCGGACAUCCGUCGAAAGUCUACCAUCGAGGAGUUUCGAGAACUUUUGAUCAUCGAUCAUAUUUGGUCUGUUGAACAAAGCCGUAUCCAAGCGAGAUACCAAUCGCAAACUGCGGCGAAUGCGAAUAGGAAAGACCCAUACCUUGACAGUGCGGAGUUCAAGUUGCACCUCGCUUAUAUCCGCGAUAUCGUGCGGCUAGAGGAAGGACAGUCCAAAGAUGAGAAGAAGAUCACCCAGCUGGAGGCGGAGAAGUCACAGCUUGUGGAGAGGGAGAAUACUCUACAGAUGGCGGUUGCAGAUUUACAAAACGAGACCGUAUCGAGGAAUGGAGGACAGCCUUUACCUGUUCUACAGAGGACGAACGAUAUUCUUACGAAUAUGAAGCAGUUGGAUGACUCGAAGCUCAAGGUUUCGAUGUUGGAACAGGAGAAGAGGGCGUUAAAUGAGAAGAUCGCCUCCUUACAGAUGAAGGUUGAUGAUAGCGAUAGCACGAAUAUACAUGUCUCCAAUAUUCGACUACAACUUCAGAAUACCAAUACCAAGAACGCCGAACUGCAAAACAUCAUUCUGCAACUCGAGCAGUCCAAUUCGUCGCUACAGCAGAGACUCCUGGCAGCACACAGUGCACCCCCGAGCCAGUCACCACCCCCUACCAACGCUGCUGCCGAUAAUAAGGAGCUCCAGCAAUUGAAGAAGCAGAAUCAACAGAUCCUUAAUGACUUGCAUCAGAAGGAAAUCCGUGUUCACGACUUGGAGGCCCAAGUUCGCUCGUACUCCUUCCUUCAAGCUCAGCACAAUGAGCAGCAACGAAAUGAUAUUCAACCACUUCUCGGCUUACAAGCCCCAGCCCAACAAGCUGCUGUUGACCGUACCGCAAUCACCAAUCUUGAGGAGAUCAUCAAGCAAAAGGAUUUCACUAUCACAAACCUUCACAGCAACCUCAACAAACUCACCGACGAGUCUAUCAAUCGUAUUCAUCGUGUCUAUCAAGUCGAGCAGCUACUUCUUGAUUCUCAACUCGUAACUCGUAACAAGGAUGCUCAAAUCUUCACUCUCGAACGUCGUCUUUCGAACCUUGGACACCAGAAGGAUUGCAACUGUACUAACUGCGCAUUGAACCAUCCAAACGGCGCUCAACCAAACAACGGUAUUCAAACACCAAUGUCCAUGACCCGUAUCGGAUCCCCAGACGUCAAGCGCACUACCAGCCCCGAGUUCAGACCCGCACCAAGAGUAAUGUCCAUCUCAUCCGCAUCCGAACUCUCCGGUCCCACAAUAUCCUCUCGCACCGGAACACCCUUCCAGCAAAACGCUACUCGCACACCACCCCGUUUCCUGGAUAUUAAAUUCAAAUACGCCGAGCUCUACCCAUCCUUCAUCCCAGGAAACAUUGCGCCAAGAGUAGCCCAACUCCUGCAGAACGGGCUAACGAUCCUCCAUCCAAGCCACGAAUUUACAAAGCUCUGGGAGAAUAUUGCCCAAGGAUUACUUGAGACACUUGGCGGGGACGGAGCGAGCUUGGGAGAGUUGACGAGACAUAUGAAGUUGUGCUUCAGAGAGAGGGAAGGUGAAACAUUAAACGGAUUGGUUGUGGCUACAGUGUGGGGUGAGGUGUGGAGUUCAGUUACUGGAUUGGAUGUUGUUUGUGAUUUCUAG